GUUCAUAAAUUCAAUUUUUUUUUCUCUUAAGAUUGCUUAAUAAGUUUUCUCUCUCUAAAUCUUACUUGCCAAAGUUGCAAACUUUUUUCAAAAAAUGGUUUGUAUUUUUCCAUUCCAGCUGUUGCAAAACCAAGCAACUGAUCAAAGAAGCCUUAAAUUUUAUCCCCACUUGAAAUGAACGUUGAUCAAAACAUGAACCGUAUUCAAUUUACACUUUUCUUACUUCAAUUUCACGUGUCAGUGUGAUUGAAUUUUUGUUUUCUUACUUCAAUUUUUUUUUGUCCAAACCUUGUUUUCCCACAUGGCAGUGGUGAAUGAAAGAGAUAAAACCCACCCACAGGAUCGAAUUUUAGAUACAUCAAUCCCAAUGAACAACGAAUACACAAGGGAUCUCAUCAACAAGGUCAUGGCAGCAGCUGAAGCGGUUGAAGCGGUGGAGAUGGAGAUUGAAGCGGUGGAGGCAGAAAAUCAGCGUCGUCGCCGCUGUCAUGUACCUCUACCACCGGUGAGGCAUGUCGAUCAUCAGCCGCACCAAAAAAUCAGCAGCGGUGAAGACUGUGAACUAAGUCUUGAACUAAGUCUUGGACUUUCAUCGAAUGGGCUAUUUGGGUUUGACCCAAAUGCAAAAAAGAUCAAAAGGACGGCAUCAUCUAUGAUUCCGGCAACUGCUGACGGGUCUGGGUCUGGUUCUGGUUCUGGUGGUGGAAAUUUGAUAAGAACAUGUUCCUUACCAGCAGAGAGCCGGGAAGAAUGGUUGAGAAGAAAGGAAUUGCAGUCGCAGCGGCGAAUGGAAGCUAGGAAAAGGAAAAACGAGAAGAGGAGACAUUCCAGGGCUGCUAGAGAAAGAGAAAGAAACUCUCGCAGUACAGAGAGGGGUGCUGGAAGUGAAGAUGGCGGUGAGAAUAGUAAUAACAACAACCUAGUGGAACAAGACGGUGCUAGUGCUGGUGCUGAUGGUUUGAUUCGAACAACCUCGUUGGUUCGUCGUGUUGGCGGAAUUGUCUUGAACAAUGCAAAGGAAAAAGAUCAAGUGGUUCCUAUUUCACCACCGAGUGGUCCAAUUGCUGGUUCCGGUUCUUCUUCCGGGACGUCUGGAACUUUAGAAUCUGAAGUUCAAGUUCAACAACAUGGUCAAGGAAUAACUCCAAUGGAUACCGAAAACUCCAACGCUGACAACAUUGCUGAACCUCAAAACAAACCAAAGGUCAUGAAUUUGUUUGAGGGCUCGAGGUCGAGCAAGAUUGCUGAACCUCAAAACAAAUCAAAAGCUGUGAAUUUGUUUGAGGGCUCGAGCUCAAGCAAGAUUGCUGAACCUCAAAACAAAACAAAGGCUGUGAACUUGCUUGAGGGCUCGGGACCUCAAAACAAAAAAAAGGUCGUGAGAUUUCUUGAGGGCUCAAACUCGGGCAACAUUGCUGGACCUCAAAACAAAAAAAAGGUCGUGAGAUUUCUUGAGGACUUGAGCUCGAGCAAGAUUGCUGGACCUCAAAGCAAACCAAAGACCGUGAACUUGUUUGAGGGCUCGAGUUCGAGCAAGAUUGCUGGAGCUCAAAACAAAACAAAGGCUGCGAGGAACCCGCUCGAUGACAUGCCAAGUGUUACUACCAAAGGAAACGGACCUAAUGGAAAGAGAAUUGAAGGUUUUCUUUACAAGUAUGGAAGAGGUAAGGAUGUGAGAAUUGUGUGUGUUUGCCAUGGAAGUUUUCUCACUCCUGCUGAGUUUGUCAAGCAUGCUGGUGGAGGUGAUGUGCCUAAUCCACUUAAGCAAAUUGUUGUUAAUUCAAGUUCAAGUUAACUUGAUGAAGCAAUAAGAGGAAGAAAGUAUGAUAAGAGUGAUCAUAUAUUUUAAUUUAAAUAUUGAUUCAUAUGUUCACUCUUAGACUUUUGAAACCUGAAAUGUGAAAAUGUGUUUUUAAGGUGUAAUAUUUACUUUGUUUUUAUGUUUAUGACUUAAGGACCCUAUAUAUGGGAACAAAUGGUGUACUUGCUAUGGUUUAAACUUUUAUGUAAAUUUCCUUUUAUCUA